AUGCGUGGUUGUGGGUCGCUGCACACAGAUAGACCAGCUUUGGAUUCCUCUAGGGUUGGUGCCUUGGUGUCCUUCAUCAAUGCCAUCAAGCUACCGCUCGAGCAGCCGCUUAUGGUGUCACCGCCCAGGCUGCACAUCACCAAGGACCCCAAGGUUGCUGAUGAUGGCAAUUUCGUCGCCAAGCGCAGUGCCCGUUUAGCGGCUAAGAGCAAGUUUAGAGCAAUGAAGCUGGACGCCCAGGCAAGAAAGGUGCUCCUGAAAAAGCUCGGGCUUGAGGAGGUCGAGACAAAGAAGCCUGAUGGGGCAUCCUUUGACGAGUUUCAGCAGACUUUCACCACGCCGCUGCCCCCUGGAACGCGGGAAGCCAUGGAGGACCUUUUUCUAGGGAGAGGCUGGCGUCGCGCGAUGGACGUUGAAUAG